CUCGGAAGGGGCCGUUGAAGGGGGGCGCGGGCGCAUGCGCGAAGGAGCCGGAGGCCGCCUGAGGCACUGCGUUACUGAGAGGAAAAGCAUGGAUUAUUUAUUGGCAGUUCGUUAAGUACUUGGACUUAGAAGUUUCCUGAAGGAGGAUGGCAACUCCCUAUGUCCCUGUCCCCAUCCCUAUAGGAAGUUCUUCAUCAAGUAUUACAACUCAUCGAAGCCAAAGACGUUCUUCUUUUGGGAGUAUUUCAACAAACUCAAACUCUUCCAAAGGCCAGCUAGAAGAUUCAAACGUGGGUAGCUAUAAAAAGAUAAGUGUUCCCGAGCGUGUGGACAGUACAUCAUCUGCCUGUAGUAGCCCCCUCAUUAGAACUAAAUUUACAGGUGGAGAUUCAUCUAUUGAAUACUCCGCUAGGCCAGGGGCGAAUGAAGAGCAAAAUUUAGAAGAGGUGAAUUGGGAAGAACGACCUUCAACACCUACCAUACUAGGCUAUGAAGUGAUGGAAGAAAGGGCUAAAUUCACUGUUUACAAAGUGCUGGUAAGAAAAAGCCCAGAAGAGAGUUGGGUAGUUUUCAGAAGGUACACAGACUUCUCUAGGCUUAAUGAUAAGUUGAAAGAGAUGUUUCCCGGCUUCCGACUCGCCCUUCCCCCAAAGCGCUGGUUCAAGGAUAAUUACAAUGCUGACUUCUUAGAAGAUAGACAAUUGGGAUUGCAAGCAUUUCUGCAGAAUUUGGUAGCUCACAAGGACAUUGCUAACUGCCUUGCAGUUAGAGAAUUCCUAUGUUUGGAUGAUCCACCAGGUCCAUUUGAUAGCCUAGAAGAGAGCAGGGCUUUUUGUGAAACCCUCGAAGAAACUAACUAUCGUUUGCAAAAGGAACUACUUGAAAAGCAAAGGGAAGUGGAAUCCCUGAAGAAAUUACUGAAUGAAAAACAACUUCACAUAGAUACUAUGGAGAACAGAAUGAGGUUUUUAUCUAUAGAACCUAUGGGCACACUUAGGAUUUCAGGAGGCAGUGAGUGCUUCAGAGGUGUGGAGUCCCCUUCAGUGGAAGCCGGUCGUAGUACUCUGGAUGAAGUAAACAGCUCUGGCAAGAAAAUUGACAUCGCAGACUGGAAUGCCUGUGAGUCCCAAACCUCUGUACCAGAGGUGGAAGUAGCUGAAGUGGCAUAUACUGUCGAAGAACAGUAAUACAGCAGUAGCUACCACCAUUGAGGUUUCAGUGGGUUUGGAAUGGACUAUACGUGGUGGUAAAUGUCCUCUUCACACAGGAUAGGAGCUAUAAAGCAUUUAAGGCAAGUUGAAGAAUGCACAUGUGACUGUUUACAGAAACCAACUUAAAUUAUUGGCAUAGAAAAGGGGUUCCGUGCUGCUCUGUUUUACCCGGCCUUAAAAAAUGAACAUUUUCAGCAGUGUAACUAGGAAUAGAUUCUGAAAUAGAAAUUAAGGAUGGGAGGGUUGUGUUCUUGCAAAGCCUCACGUUCAGGAAGGCUGGUGCUGUGAUGCUCAGCCACUGCAGCACCUCGCUCAGGCACACAAGCAGCUUUGUCAGUAAUGCUGCAGGUUGAGCCCAAGCAGGACUGGUGGUCUCAGAGUAACCUUCCCUGCUUCCUGGCUCACGUCCUAGCCAAACUGCAUACUGAAAACAGACGGCAUGGCAGAACUGAGUUCUGAAAGCUUUAUGCUACAGCUGUAAUAACCAAUCACACUAGGUGGGUCAAAUGGAAGGAUAUGGUGAUGCUUUUCUGUAUUUAAAGCAUGCUUAUAUAUACACCUGUCUAAGUUUAGAUCCAGGUUAUCUUUACUGCAAAGACCGAGUCUUCUUUUCAUAAUUGGUUACUGGUCACUUCUAAAACCCAAAAAUGAAAAUGGCUUCUGGAAUUUUAUUCCAAAAGAAAGGGAAAUAUUCAGUAUAGAUGUAAAGUGUUUGACAAGAGUUAUAACUGGGUCUGGUGUAUGUUUCUCAAAUUUAGAAAAAUUCCUGGGUAUGCAGUAGCAUUAAAGGCCCUCCCCCUCAAGUCUGUGAUCUGUGUAAUUCUUUUACAUGUGAUAUUUGCUUUCAGAUCAUUUAAACUCUUGAGUAAGCAAAAUCUGCCUGUACCCAAAACACUACCUCUUACUUUGCUAAUUCAGACAGUCUGUUGAGAAUUUAUUCUAGAUGUGUAGAUUGUAAUUCACUGAAAAACAGUAAAAAAAAAAAAGCCAUACUCUACUUCAGAGUUGAUAACUAGGUGGAAUUUAGUUACAUUUUUGUUUCAAAAGAGGCAUGAAGGUAUUACUCCAAUGCUAUAGCCUGUUUUUCAAAAAUGUAUUUAGCCAGGUGAUGCACUUUAUAAAUCUCGUGCCAAGUUUAAUUGGCAGUUUGUUUAGUGAGUGGAGUUAUGUGGAAAAGGAUUAUAUAGUGCCUUUUAUAUUUUACUUAUUACAGAAGCCUCGCGGUUCUGUGGAUCAGCUUUAUGGUACCUAUUCCAAUGUAUUUCUAGCUUUGCACUUAGUUACUGCAAGUGCCUUGCUUGGUUUGUGAAAGAAACUUGGUUUUUUUUUUUCCGUUCCUACUACUUUGCUUGUUACUGUGAUAAUACAGUUUAGCCAUGCUGAUGUUUUUAAAGCUUACUUUGUAUCUGGGGCUGAUUGAGGAACUGAAUGACAUUUUUUGAGGAAAUAAAGCCAUGGACAUUG